AUGCUCGCCACCGUCCCCCGUGCGGCGCCUCGUGCCGCUCGUCGCGCGCUCACCACCGCCACCGCUCUCCGCGCUCCCUUGGCACCCCCCUACGCGCAUGCCAACCGCUCCGCCCUCGCUCCCCCCUACACCCACCCCUUGGCCUCGCCUGUCCGCGACGAGGACCGCCUCAAGGCCCCCUACGCGUUCAGCGUCCCUCGCAACAGCCAGACCGCCACCGGUCCCAGCUCGCGCGAGUGGGUGGCUGCCGUGUUCGACACUGCCGCCGGCCGCGAGUGGGCCAUGUCGGCAUGGGAGAGCGCGCUUGUUGAGCUUGCUGAGCAGCCGGCUACCGCUCCCGAGAUCCCCUUCCAGGCCCUCACUGCGGUCCUUGCCGACCCCAACAUGCAGUCGCUCGUCGCGCGUACUGGCGCCGUCGUCGUGCGCGAUGUCGUGCGUGACGCCCUGGCAGAGGCGUGGGCCAAGGAGUUGAUUGAGGCCCGUGCCGCCCGUGGACAUGCCACCUUCUACAACCAGGCCCAGGUCGAUGCCCGUGCCGACCCCUCCGUUCUCUCUGCUGCUGGCCAGCUGCUCCGUGCUCUCGUUCCCGAGGUUGCCAACGCCGAGACUGCCUACGUCCGCGUCGACGCCGCCGCCGCCGGCCCCAGCUCCUCCAACUGGACCGGCAAGUCGGUCUGGGCCGUCGACAACACCACCGCCGGCUUCACCCCCGUCCACGCCCACCUCACCCUGCAGCGUACCGACGUUGCCGUCCCCACCUCGACCGCUGCGGCCACUUACGCCCUCCUCCGCCCCUUCUUCGCGCCCAAGGCAUCCCGCAUCUCGUUCUACCACGCCGAGGACUACCUCAACGGCAAGAACUGGCAGCUCCGCCAGUCGGCCACUGGACCUGACUAUGACGCUCCCCUCGUGCACAUCCGCCCUGCGGCUGUCUCGCUCGCCCCCGGCGACGUCCUGAUCACGCACGCGGGCCUCAACGUCGCUGCCGCCGACACAGCCGGCCUCGUCCUCCCCGUCCACCCCUUGCCUGCCACCGAGGGCAACGCGCAGUUUGUCAAGCUCCAGCGCGCGUCGUUUGAGGCCGGCGUUCCCCCUCCCCACGCCGAGACUGCCGACUCGCCCAUCGCCCUCGAGGAGGCCGGCGACGCCAGCAUGAUCGCGUCCUGGGGCGGCCGCCGCGCCAUGGGCUACGGCUUCUAG